CAGUUUGUUGUCAGGUCUGAGCUGAUAGUCCUCAGUCUGCAGAGAGAGGGAGGAGGCAGCCAGAGAGAGGAAGGAAACGAGGAUAACGUCACGAAGACUCGGAGUAAAAAAAAAAAAAAGAAAAAAAAACGGGCUGAAUCGUGUUUAAUGGACGGUGUUUGACGCGGGCCGGAGGAAAAGAACCGAGGCCCGAACUGCAUCUCUUCCACACCCAUCACCGGACCAAGAUGUUCCUGCUGAGGAGCUGAAGAACAGGAGCCGAAAAUAUAUAAAUACAUAUAUUUUUCCUGAGCGGAAACGGGAAGCUUCACGUUUCAUCUUUUCUUCUCCUCCUCCCGGAGCUUCAGCAGCAGCAGAGAAAUGGAAAUGUGUGGAGCCUUCCUCCUCCUCCGUUCGCCUGUUUACUGAAGCCUUUUAAUCGUGACAUUUAUAUUUAUUUUUUCUCCGAAUCGGCCCUGAACUGCAMCCCUUCCCACCCCUCUUUUUUUAAUGCGUGAACCGGGCUUUGAACCCUCCACGGCUCGGGGACGCUGCUGUCAGAGUGUUUGAACCAUCGGGAGAAACUAACAGGUGAACGCUCCAACAAAUUCCAAAAAUGAGUGAGCUGGAGCAGCUUCGUCAGGARGCCGAGCAGCUUCGGAGCCAGAUAAAAGAUGCUAGAAAAGCAUGUGGAGACUCAACACUGACGCAGAUCGCUGCUGGUUUGGAUCCUGUGGGGCGGAUUCAGAUGCGAACGAGACGCACCCUCCGGGGUCACCUCGCCAAGAUCUACGCCAUGCACUGGGGUUCAGACUCAAAGCUCCUGGUUAGCGCCUCUCAAGAUGGCAAACUGAUCAUCUGGGACAGCUACACCACUAACAAGAUACACGCCAUCCCCCUGCGCUCCUCCUGGGUGAUGACCUGUGCGUACGCCCCCUCGGGGAACUACGUGGCCUGCGGAGGCCUGGACAACAUCUGCUCCAUUUACUGCUUAAAGACACGCGAAGGCAACGUCAGGGUCAGCAGGGAACUACCUGGACACACAGGUUACCUGUCAUGUUGCCGCUUCAUCGAUGACAAUCAAAUCAUCACAAGUUCCGGAGACACCACCUGCGCGUUGUGGGACAUCGAGACGAGCCAGCAGACCACGGUCUUCUCCGGCCACACCGGCGACGUCAUGAGCCUGUCGCUGUCGCCCGACUUCCACACGUUCGUGUCCGGAGCCUGCGACGCCUCGGCCAAGCUGUGGGACAUCAGGGACAGCAUGUGCCGGCAGACCUUCACGGGACAUGAGUCGGACAUCAACGCCAGCUGUUUCUUUCCCAACGGCAGCGCCUUCGCCACCGGCUCGGACGACGCCACCUGCAGGCUGUUCGACCUGCGGGCCGACCAGGAGCUGAAUGUGUACUGCCACGACAACAUCAUCUGCGGCAUCACCUCCGUGGCGUUCUCGCGCUCGGGCCGCCUGCUGCUGGCCGGCUACGACGACUUCAACUGCAACAUCUGGGACGCCAUGAAGGGCGACCGAGCAGGAGUCCUGGCUGGCCACGACAAUCGCGUGAGCUGCCUGGGCGUGACAGACGACGGCAUGGCGGCGUGCACCGGAUCCUGGGACAGCUUCCUGAAGAUCUGGAACUGAGCCCCACGAAGCUCCACAGUUUCAGGAUACAGUCCCCCACCACCACACACACAAACACACACACACGCCAGUCUGUAUUCACACUGUAAUUACUGUUUAACAGGCAGAACUGCAACAUUUUACUGUACAGAAGAUCAAUGACUUGCGUAUGAGUUUACACACACACACAAUGCUUGGACAUGAAACUUUAAAACAUGCUUACACUACACACUGCUGACUAAAGUACACAGCAGUACGCACGUAUAUAAUUUGUAAAAUAUCAAUUGUGACCAAAUACAGUUGAAUACACAGCUGCUUCAAUAAAAAAAAAACCACAACCACCGUUACCUGAAGCCUUUUAACACACCGUCCACACACACGUCUCCAGAGACACAUCCGUCCUCUUCAGCAGAGGAUUUCAUCAGACAACUCUUGUCUUUGUUUACAGUAAACAUCACCAAACACGUUUUUUUUAAACCAAGAAUCACACACUUUAAACACCACUGAUGGGCUGUAUCACAGUUUCUAUAAAUACCACAUUAUUUGAUUUAUUAUUGUUUUUUUAACUCUGUUUUCUUCAUGUUUUCCCUGUGUGCCUCAGAUACACUGAUGAUUAGAGACAUUCUAGUUAAAUCCAAACCGUCUGAUGACAGCUGAAAAGGGAAGGAGUCAGUAUUCAUACUCUGACUUGGUCACAGUAUUAUCUGGACUUUACUAUGGAUUAAUUGUACAUAAUAAAUAUUAGCCUCUACUGCCA